ACCCUCAUCGAUUGCACAAGCCCAUGUCGCAAAGCAUGUUCCCAAAGCUGGCCGAGGAUUAUGCGAAGUUCAAGCGCUAUGUGAAAUGGCUGUACACCCUCUACGAACUGAACACACAGAUCGCCAUAUGUGAGCCGUGGGAAAAGGUCUUCCUCAAUGUCCUCCUCGGCAGCUUCGUCUCCCUGAUCCUCUACGCAUCCUUUGCCUUUGUGCCGGGCUAUUGUGUCACCGUCUUCCAGCUUUUGUGGCCCCAAACGAGCGUGCAAAAUCUCACCAGCGUUUGCACUACAAGUACGGUGGGCUUUUGCGCCAACGAAAGCGGAUCAGUAAUGACAUAAUCUUAGUGUAGCUUAUCUUAAUCAAUAAAUAAUUUAAUACCUAGCGGCUAACGACGUUUCU